UUCAUCAAAGUUCUCUUGAGUAAUUGAGUGUACUAGAAAGCAAAUAGUAGAAGCAUGGCCCUCUCAUUAUUCUCUCAAAGAAUUACCACUCCCAAAUCACACCCUUCAUCUUUAAUAUUAGCCCCAAAAUCCCACAAAAAGAACCAUAAUUUUAACAUCAUCAAAGCACAAUCAGGAAAUGGAAAUUUGGAUCAUUUACAAAGAGCAAGCAUCAAGACUCCACAACAAAAACAACCCAUCAAGAAAAGAGUAGUCCAAUCUCCUCCAAUUGGCUUAUGGGACAGAUUCCCAACAGCAAGAACAGUCUCACAAAUGAUGGACACAAUGGAAAGACUAAUGGAAGAUCCACAACCAUACCGAGUCGACCGCGGUAACCCGUGGGGCCCACAAGGCGAACCCACAAGCAGUUACAGCAGGGGAAGAACACCAUGGGAGAUCAAAGAAACUGAACAAGACUAUAAAAUGAGGUUUGACAUGCCUGGAAUGACUAAACAAGAUGUGAAAGUAUGGGUUGAAGAGAAGAUGUUGGUUUUGAAAGCAGAGAAAUUGAAGAAAGAAAACAAUGAUGAAAAUGAAAAUAAUAAGGAAUGGAGUUCUGAGAGUUAUGGAAAGUAUGGUUUCAGGAUUGGAUUGCCUGAGAAUAUACAGUUUGAGAAGAUUAAAGCAGAGGUUAAAGAUGGUGUUUUGUAUGUAACUAUUCCUAAAGCUCCUGUUUCUUCAAAGGUUUUGGAUAUAAAUGUCCAGUGAAUGAAAUUGUAGGGGCUAGAUUUGUUUUGUUUUAAUAUAAAUAGCAGUUUUCAAAA